AUGAAGUCAACGAUGUUAUUGGCAGUAUUGUCGUUAUUGGCUGUGGCUAGUAUUCGAGCUAAAAAUAUUGGCACUCUUCGAGCAUUGCCCGACAUUGGCUCAGUUUCGCCACCCCGGAAUCAAUGGUACACACUGGACGAGCAGCGCCGGGCUAAUUUCGGCUACGCUUACCCCGGCCAGGCCGCCAGCAACAUUCGCGAUGCUGAUGGCAACAUGGCAGGUUCUUGGAGUUAUGUCGACGCCGAUGGUAACCUGAUCCGUGCCACCUACACGGCUGACGAGCGAGGCUUCCUCGUCUCCUCCACCAACGAAGGGCGAGUGGCUCCUAAUGUCCUAUCCGACCUGAGCAAAGUGGGUACCACUCCGAAGGUUGGCGCUUGCAACGAAGCUCCUUCCGGCCUCAAAACACACAAGGCCGUCCUCAACUCCAAGUCCUCGAAAGAAUCCUUUACGGAUCCGAAAUACAUUGUGGGAUUGACCAAAAGCAGGGACGGCGACGACCCCAAGUUCUACUACCAUUGCGCUGGAUCUCUCAUUAGCAAGACACACGUCCUGACAUCGGCUCACUGUGUCACCGAGAAAAAUUCCAACAAGCCUGUACAUCCUGCACGAUUCAAUGUCCGAUUGGGCAUAACCAAGCAGUCCGAUGAUAACCUCGAAGACUCAGAGCAAGCGUCAAACAUCUACAAAAUAAAAAUUCAUCCGGAUUAUGACCCCAUUACAGAUGAAAAUGACAUCGCCGUUCUAACGCUGGACGGUCCCGUAGAGAUGACACCCAAAGUUGCCCCCAUUUGCUUGGUGCCGAAAUGUUUCAACAGCGACGGCGCAGACUUGAUCGCCAUGGGCUGGGGAUACCAGAAAUAUGACGGCAAGCUAUCCGAAGUGCUCAGGUACGCCUUUUUGACCGGUAUGAAAAAUGAGCAGUGCAAAGUCCAAUUCAAGAACGAGAAGCUGCCCAGU